AUGAGAGAGCUCGUCAACAUUCCACUGGUACAUAUUCUUACUUUGGUUGCCUUCAGCGGGACUGAGAAACUUCCAAAAGCUCCUGUCAUCACUACUCCGCUGGAAACAGUGGAUGCCUUAGUUGAAGAAGUGGCUACAUUUAUGUGUGCAGUGGAAUCCUAUCCCCAGCCUGAAAUUUCCUGGACCAGAAAUAAAAUUCUCAUUAAGCUCUUUGACACCCGGUACAGCAUUCGCGAGAACGGGCAGCUCCUCACCAUCCUGAGCGUGGAAGACAGCGACGAUGGCGUCUACUGCUGCACGGCCAACAACGGCGUGGGGGGUGCUGCGGAGAGCUGCGGGGCUCUGCAAGUGAAGAUGAAACCGAAAAUAACUCGUCCUCCCAUAAAUGUAAAAAUCAUAGAAGGACUGAAAGCAGUUCUACCAUGUACUACAAUGGGCAAUCCCAAACCAUCAGUGUCAUGGAUUAAGGGGGACAGUGCUCUCAGGGAGAAUCCCCGCAUUGCAGUUCUUGAAUCUGGGAGUUUAAGGAUUCAUAAUGUGCAAAAGGAAGAUGCAGGACAUUAUCGGUGUGUGGCAAAAAACAGCCUCGGGACGGCAUAUUCCAAAUUGGUGAAGCUGGAAGUUGAGGUUUUUGCCAGAAUCCUGCGGGCUCCUGAAUCCCACAAUGUCACAUUUGGCUCCUUUGUGACCCUGCGCUGCACAGCAACAGGCAUCCCUGUCCCCACCAUCACCUGGAUUGAAAAUGGAAAUGCCGUUUCCUCUGGGUCCAUUCAGGAAAGUGUGAAAGACCGAGUGAUUGACUCAAGACUGCAGCUGCUUAUCACUAAGCCAGGACUCUUCACAUGCAUAGCUACUAACAAGCACGGAGAGAAAUUUAGCACUGCAAAGGCUGCGGCCACCAUUAGCAUAGCAGAAUGGAGUAAAUUACAGAAAGAUAACAAAGGCUACUGCGCCCAGUACAGAGGGGAGGUAUGUAAUGCUGUCCUGGCCAGAGACGCUCUUGUUUUCUUCAACAACUCCUAUGCACACCCUGAGGAGGCCCAAGAAUUACUGGUUCACACGGCCUGGAAUGAACUGAAAGCAGUGAGCCCGUUUUGCCGGCCAGCUGCUGAGGCUUUGCUGUGUAACCACAUCUUCCAAGAAUGCAACCCUGGAGCAGUACCUACUCCUACACCCAUUUGCAGAGAAUACUGCCUGGCAGUAAAGGAGCUCUUCUGUGCAAAAGAAUGGCUGGCAAUGGAAGAGAAGACUCACAGAGGACUCUACAGAUCUGGGAUGCACCUGCUCCCUGUGCCAGAAUGCACCAAACUCCCCAGCAUGCACUGGGACCCCACGGCCUGCACCAGACUGCCAUAUUUAGAUUAUAAAAAAGAAAACUUAACAACAUUCCCACCAAUGACGUCCUCAAAGCCAAGUGUGGACAUUCCAAAUCUGCCUUCCUCUUCUUCUUCCUCCUUGUCCGUCUCACCUACAUACUCCAUGACUGUAAUAAUCUCCAUCAUGUCCAGCUUUGCAAUAUUUGUGCUUCUUACUGUAACUACUCUUUAUUGCUGCCGGAGACGAAAACAAUGGAAAAAUAAGAAAAGAGAGUCAGCGGCGGUAACCCUCACUACUCUUCCCUCUGAGCUCUUACUAGACAGACUUCAUCCCAACCCCAUGUACCAGAGGAUGCCACUCCUGCUGAAUCCCAAACUGCUGAGCCUGGAGUACCCAAGGAAUAACAUUGAAUAUGUGAGAGAUAUUGGCGAAGGAGCAUUUGGAAGGGUCUUUCAAGCAAGGGCUCCGGGCUUACUUCCCUAUGAACCGUUCACAAUGGUGGCAGUGAAGAUGCUCAAAGAAGAAGCCUCAGCAGACAUGCAAGCCGACUUUCAGAGGGAGGCAGCCCUCAUGGCAGAAUUUGAUAACCCUAACAUUGUGAAACUCUUAGGCGUGUGUGCCGUCGGGAAGCCCAUGUGCCUGCUCUUUGAAUACAUGGCCUACGGCGACCUCAACGAGUUCCUCCGCGGCAUGUCCCCGCACCCCGUGUGUAGCCUCAGUCACAGCGACCUGUCCGGGAGGGCCCAGGCCGCCAGCCCGGCCCCGCCACCGCUCUCCUGCGCGGAGCAGCUGUGCAUCGCCAGGCAGGUGGCCGCCGGCAUGGCUUACCUCUCCGAGCGCAAGUUCGUGCACCGGGACCUGGCCACCAGGAACUGCCUGGUGGGCGAGAACAUGGUGGUGAAAAUCGCCGACUUCGGCCUCUCCCGGAACAUCUACUCGGCGGACUACUACAAAGCUAACGAGAACGACGCCAUCCCCAUCCGCUGGAUGCCCCCCGAGUCCAUCUUCUACAACCGCUACACCACCGAGUCGGACGUGUGGGCCUACGGCGUGGUCCUGUGGGAGAUCUUCUCCUACGGCCUGCAGCCCUACUACGGCAUGGCCCAUGAGGAGGUCAUCUACUACGUGCGCGACGGCCACAUCCUGUCCCGGCCUGAGGACUGCCCCCUGGAGCUGUACAACCUGAUGCGCCUGUGCUGGAGCAAGCUGCCCGCCGACAGACCCAGCUUCCCCAGCAUUCACCGAAUUCUGCAGCGGAUGUGCGAGAGAGCGGAGGGAACAGUGGGCGUCUGA